AUGGCUCCAGUUCAUAACUUUAACGAGGCUGCAAGGUAUGGAAUUCACUACAAGGUGCAAUACAGUCUCGCCUAUCACAGCCGCGGACACACUCCUACCAGCAACAAGAACCGCAACAACAACAUCAACAGAGCCCGCACCAAGGGUUCCAACGCCUUCCCGUGGGCACGGCGCCACCCGCGGUAA